AUGCCUACUGAUUAUAAAAGAAAGACUGACAGAGGUAUGGCGAGUCGCGAAGUAUAUGAUCUUGCAGCAGAAGAAGUAAAUUUGCGACAGAAAAGUCUCCGUGACGCGGCUUCGAGUUACAACCUGAACCAUACUUCCCUGUAUAGGUACAUUAAAAAAAAAACUGCUUAUGAAGCUAACGAAGACGUAACUGCUCCAACGGUUGGAUAUCCUGAAAAAACGGUUUUUACAGCUUCAGAGGAGAAGAUACUCUGUGACUAUCUUUUAAACUGCGCUGCUGCUAACUUUGGCCUAAAAACUAAGGAAACCAGAACUUUUGCCUAUAGAUUGGCUGUAGAAUAUAAUAAAAAAAUUCCUUCUUCUUGGACUGAGCAUGAAAUGGCUGGAGAGGUUUGGCUUCGAUCUUUUAUGAAACGUCAUACUGUUCUUUCUCUAAGACUACCUCAACCCACAAGUAUCGCUCGAGCCACAAGUUUUAAUAGAGCAAACGUACAACUUUUUUUUCAAAAUUAUACCGCAGUAGUUGACAAACACAAGUUGCAAGGGAAGGAUAUAUGGAACGUUGACGAAACUGGCAUUACAACUGUUCAGAAACCAGACCGUGUCAUUGCCCGACGAGGACAGAAACAAGUGAGUGCCAUGACUUCCGCAGAGAGGGGAACAUUGGUAACUAUAGCACUAGCAGGAAAUGCCACUGGGAAUCACAUACCCCCAAUGUUCGUCUUUCCGCGGAAAAGAUUUAAAGAUCACUUUAUACGCGAUGGACCUACUGGAUCAAUUGGCACUGCGAAUGGGUCAGGCUGGAUGCAAGAAGAAGACUUCUAUAUAUUUCUUAAAUUUUUCAAAGACCAAAUAAGACCAUCAAAAGAAAAUAAAACACUAUUGUUAUUAGAUAACCACGCUUCACACAUAGCAGUUAAAAAUAUCGAGUUUUGCAGGGAAAAUGGCAUAAUUCUAUUAACUUUUCCACCUCACUGCACCCAUAAGUUGCAGCCAAUGGACAGAACCGUUUUUGGGCCAGUGAAAAAAGCAGUUAACACUGCUUGCGACAAUUGGAUGCGGUCUAAUCCAGGAAAAGUAAUGUCCAUCUAUGAUAUUCCUGGGAUAGUGAAAACAUCGUUUGAUAUAGCCGUCACACCGCGCAAUAUAUCUUCCGGAUUUAUUCAUACCGGACUUUGGCCAGUUAACACUGAAAUAUUCCAGGAUGCAGAUUAUUUUCCGAGUCAAAUUACUGAUCGACCUUUGGCAACUUCUGUUAGUCCUGGUCCAUCCAACUCUAACUUGAUGGGAAUUUCAAGAACUGAAGAACCCGCGCCAUGUCCUACUUCUGGCACAAGUGAUGAACGUCCCCUUGCAAACAGUAUUUUACAUGAUUCUCGUACACCAAGUCCAUCAAUCUUAAAUUUACCGACUACUCCACCUCAAAUCAGCUACGAAACAGAAGAUUUAGUACGCAAGUCUGCAGGAAAUCCUGAUAAGAAUUCACCUGAUCUGGCGAUAUCUGAAGUAACUAUCACGAUGCCUUCAACCGCUGAUUCCGUUGUUUCCUCCACAGUCUUUACGUCUGAUAUAAUACCAGUAGCAUCUACAUCACGAGAUACUUCAAUUGCUGUGACAGCAAUUCCAUUCUCACCUGAAACUCUUAGACCUUUGCCAAAGGCUCCACCAAGGAAAGGACAUCAAACAAAUAGACGCAAAGUGAAAUCCGCUAUCUUAACCGACACUCCCGUUAAGGAUGAACUAGCUGCAAUCGAAGCAGCUAGAACGUUAAAGAAAAAGGUGAAAAAACCUAACUUUGAAGAAACAAAAACAAGAAAAAGAUCAAAACCAGGCACUAAAACUAAAAAGAUGAAGGUUGUCAAGAAAGUAAAAGGAAACGAAGACAGUGAAGAAGAAGAAUCCUUUUGCAUUUGUUGUUUUGAGCCAUAUUCAAAUAGCAGAGCCAAAGAAAAAUGGGUGCAAUGUUUGGAAUGCAAAAACUGGGCUCAUGAAGCUUGCACUGGUGGGGAACUUUCCUAUGUUUGCCACAACUGCUUGUCAGAUUGA